CGCGCGCAACCGGUGUGUGAAACACGCCAAGUACUACUACUCAUGCCUCCCGCGCAAACCUUCGUUCGUAAGCACGAGCCCGGUCAUGCACCACGGCGGGUGACCAGGAUUCCGAAGCUACCUGGAAUGAGGCUGAUUCAUGGCAACGAGAGGAGGGCGGUCGGCUGCGUCCUGCUGGCUAUCAUGGCGGUGGUAGCAGCCGCAUCCUACGACAGAGAGAGACUGGAGAUAGCUAAGCAGAUCCUGGAGGAGGUACCGCUUACUGACGGGCAUAAUGACUUGCCAUGGAACAUUCGCAAGUUUCUACGGAACCAGAUCAAUGAAUUCGAGUUGGACACCGACCUGACGCAAGUGGAACCCUGGUCUAUUUCGAAGUACUCCCACACUGAUCUACCACGACUGAGGCAGGGCAUGGUUGGCGCUCAGUUCUGGUCAGCAUUCGUGCCUUGCAGUGCCCAAAACAAGGACGCUGUCCAGUUGACUUUGGAACAGAUCGACGUCAUCAAGCGAUUGGUUGAGAAGUAUCCUCAGCACUUCCAAAUGGCUACUUCUGUUACUGAUAUCCUCGAAGCUCACAGUGCCCGGCCGAGGAAAAUAGCAUCCCUAAUAGGGAUAGAGGGGGGCCACUCCAUCGCGAAUUCCCUGGGGGUCCUCCGCAGCUACUACCAGCUCGGAGUGCGAUAUAUGACCCUCACUCACACCUGCAAUACACCAUGGGCCGAUUCUUCAAAUGAAGCACCCGCUGCCAAUGGCCUAACGGAGUUCGGUGAGAAAGUGGUGCGGGAAAUGAACCGUCUGGGUAUGAUAGUGGACCUGUCCCACGUAGGCGAGAACACCACCAGAGCAGCGAUCCGGCUCUCCAAAGCGCCUGUCAUCUUCAGCCAUUCCUCCGUGUACAGCCUGUGCCCUCAUAAGCGGAAUGUUCCGGAUGACAUCAUACAAUCUUUGAAAGAAAACGGCGGGUUAAUUAUGGUGAAUUUCUUCCCUGAUUUCGUCAAGUGUGCACCCAAUGCUACAAUCUCCGAUGUUGCUGAACAUUUCCAUUAUAUCAAGAGGAUGAUUGGAGCUGACUACGUCGGCAUCGGCGGCGAUUAUGAUGGCGUGAACCGAGUACCCCGUGGCCUUGAGGACGUAUCCCGCUACCCGGAGCUGUUCGCGGAACUCCUGCGCAGCGGCCAGUGGACCGUUCAGGAGCUGAAGAACCUCGCCGGCCUGAACAUGCUGCGUGUUAUGCGACAGGUGGAGAAGGUCCGCGAUGAAAUGCGUACCAACGGUGUAGAACCAGAGGAGCACUCUGACUCCCCCACCGACAACGGCAACUGCACCAGCAAUGCAUUCUACACGGACUACGCCUAAAUGAUCACUAUACAUGUCUGCCUUGAUUCGUUAAGAUUGGGCGGUUCAGUACUCAGCGGCUAAUGGAUGGGGACACGGCUGAAAUAUUCGCCUGGGGUUGGGGACGCGACUGAGAACAGUCUUCAGUUAUUGCUGUCUCUUUCGCACAUAUCAGUGAAUCGUGUGGUUGGCUGCGAUAGAUAUUGUUCAUUUUUCAGAUUCAAAAAGUAUCAUUACUGAAAAUAUGUUAUUUGGCUUAAUUUAGACAUUUAUCAUAUUAAUGUUUAAUUAAUUGUUCACGUUAUAUGGAUAUCAAUAUUGUCGCAGACCGCAGAGUUGUUUUAUUGUAAUGUUUGAAGUAAUUGGAUAGUAUAUUUCAGUGUUGUCCCCAAAGCUCUGCUGAGAAUAUGUUUAGAUAAUAAAAAAUAUUAAUUUGAAUGUUAUAGAUAGUGUAUUAGAAUAAUUUAAUACCUG